CGGCAAGAUUUGCGGCGUAUACAAAAUGCUUUACCGGCAAAGCGGCAGACAAUCGCUUGUAGCGCUACAUUCUGCGAUGGCUUAGAUGAGGAGCUGGCAAAGAUAAUGCGCAAUCCCCUGUUAAUUUCCACAGAGGAACGUGCCACCUUAUUAGUUGGCAUAAAACAGUUUGUCUAUGAAGUUGUCGAACAAAAAACCAGCAUACUUGAGAUGCAAACCAAAUUGGCAGCGCUGCGUGCCAUAUUCGGACAUAUUCCUUUCAAACAAUGUUUAAUAUUUGCUGGCUCACAGUCACGUGCCAAUUCCUAUUGCAAUUAUUUGGAAAAGGAGGGCUGGCCUUGUGAACUUAUAUCCGGUGCGCAGGAUCAGAAAACACGUCUCGAAAUGUUUCACAAAUUUCGUGAAUUCAAAACGCGCAUUAUUAUAACAACCGAUCUGAUGGCGCGUGGCGUUGACUCGGAACAUG